UUAGUUCGGCCCUUGAUGCUGGAAGUGUUUCUAGAUACUACAUGUACCAGUUUCUUAUUGCGUUUAAGCCUCCCACCGGCACGUCACGUUCCACAGUUGCCAACUUCUGAUCCUUACAUUACCUGUUCGCAAAUUCCAAAACCAUGUCCGGCCACGGAGAGGGUCACGCCGGCCCAGAAACAAACGAAUCAGACCCCGGCUUGGCGGCAUCAGAAUGUUUCGACUCCAUGUUCGACUUUGAGCAGUGGGAGGCAGAUCAAGAGGUUCGCUGGGAGUUGCAUCAGGACCUUCAAGGCCUUUCAAGUCUCGCAAGUAGUGGCGACGAAGGUCUCAACAUCACCUCGCUCACACCUCAGUCUUCGUCCAUCGAUUUCGAUUUGGACGAACCCCUGCGGACUACUACACCCGUGUCAACGAUAGUUCCUACAACAGUGUCGGCCAACAUCGAAAGUUUGUCAUGCCUUGGCGUUCCAUCAUGGGACUUCGUUUCGACACCCGACCAUAAUUCUAUCUCUUUGCCAUCGACCCAUCUUGUUUACUCCCCUGACAGAGCCUCUGGAACUGAUGGGGCCGAAGUACCCUUGAGGCAGCAGUCGCUCCCAAGCGGUUACUCAGGAGACUAUAGCAACCAAACAACCGGGGAUCACAAUGCCUUCUCCAAAGACCCGUCAGUGGAAAGACAGAGCGAUGUUGGGGUUGGGGUUGGUUCUUAUGUCAUCCGACCCAAACAAAGCCUGCCACACUCGAAGAAAGGUUCCCGGACAAAGUCACACCGCACUAUCUCAACAAAGUCAAUCCAGUUGACGACAGAGAAUGUGACAUCCUAUGACUGUUCCAUAGCUUUUAGGAGCAUCCUGCCCAGACUCGACCCUCAAGGGACACCUUGCAACCACACUGAACCAGACGCCCAAGCUUCCAGUUCGAUGCCACGUAAAGGAAAGCGCAAGCCCAACACAGACGAAGACCGCAAGAAGAUCAAGCUUGUGAGGAGGAUUGGUGCAUGCUUACGAUGUAGGAUCUUCAAAGAAGCCUGUGAUGAAAACGAGCCUUGCGGGCGAUGUUUAAUAGCUCUUGCCAACGCUAAAGUUUUUUCAUUACCAUGUUAUAGAGAGCCACUGGAAAACGUCAUUGCAUUUCGGGCUGGAAAUUCCAGGGCCGGAAAACUUCGCUCGGAGCCAAUAUCUAUUAGAUGGGCCGGUGAUGACAUAAGUCCGAGAGUCGUAGCGUUGUCAUAUCCGUUCAAGAAACAGGGCGCUGGGGCAGGAUUAACAGUCACCAUUAAAUGUCGCAAGUUCGUACCUUACGAGUGGGAUGUGAUGGAAGAACCAUGGUCUAUUUCUCCAAAAAAGUCCAUUCCUAUGAUAUCAACACCAUUUGCCUGUUACGACGAUGGUGCAAGCGUGGCUGCUGUUGCAAGGUACAUUGAAGCCACCAAGGCAGCACUCUUGGAUGAGAGUCUCGACGGUAUUUUGGACGACAUGAUUCGACUGAGUACUGCUGAAGCAACACGUUACUGCUUGAAAUACAGGGACUCUGCUGUAGCAACUGCCAUGAACAUCCGCGCAGCCAGCUUUUUCUCCCGAACGAAAAUGAUCAUGACUGAAAACAAUGUGCUUGAAUUGCCUUAUUUUCAUAAUCCACAUUUUCUACUCAACGGUGGCUACCCUGUACCAUCAAUGAUUGACUAUCAGAUGGAUUACAUGGCAAUUACCUACAUGCACGGACAGAUGGAAGUCCUUGUAAAGCAGUUGAAGAAGCUAAUUUUCACCAAAAACCAGCGUAAAAGUUGGUACGAGGUCUACUUGACAGUAUUCGUGCUGCUUCAAAGUUUGGAGACAGUGCAUGCUCGCCAAAUAGACAUCAUUCGGCGGUAUGAACCAGAGGGUGGUGAGGCAUUGUCAAAAGCUCGAAAUAUUGGCACGAGAAUGAUCGAAGAAUGGAAAUACUCUGCAAGAAUUCUGAUUUAUCAUUAUCGAGCUGUUUUGAAAGGCAUGGUACCAUUCGCAGCCACCUGGAACGACAAACACGUGGCCGAGUUGCGCCACGACUGCGGCCUGGAUGAGGAGGCGCUUCAAUAUGCUCGACAAAUGUCGGGUUUCAUCAGGACCCGAUUCGACUCUCUCAGACGAUUGACCAAAGAGGGGCUCGAUAACGAUGCUGUAAGGCCGUUGGCGUGGAUAGCACGACUUUAUAUCGACGAUGAGGUUGACUCAGGCAAGAAGUAGAGAGGGGCGUUCAAUUUCAGCAAACACAGUUAUAGUAUACCUGUUGUUAUCUCCUCCGAGCCAAGACAUUGCAAAAACGAGUUUCAACCUCCGCUUGCACCAGACGAGUCUUUCGUUCAGAGCACUAGGAACCGGCAAAGAUCCUUCGACAAACCAGCAAAAUCCACCGUCAACCUUUCACUGGCCCAGACGGCACCAUUGUUACACGCGCUGCACAGCCACACCAGAACUCAGUCAUGGUCCGGGUUAGCAGAGAUGCCCAUCUGCUUGAUCCUCAUGCCAGGAGCAACCUUGUCCAUCUCAUCCUUGGUCCAGUACGCCCUCUCAGCAGGACUCAGAUCAAACGUCUCGUCCAACUUCCUCUGCAAGACAGGAGCGGACUCCCAUCCCUUGUGGCUGUCAUGCAGCCACAGGCGCAUGAUGUACCGCUGGUUCCACACAUCAUCCGGCGAGUCAACAAACCCAGCACGUGCAUGGAGAACAGCAAAGUUGUUGAUGAACAACAAAUCUCCAGCCUCGGGAACAAUCCGAAGGUUGACACGCGUAGCGGCCUCCUGGACCCGAUUAAGAGCAGCAAUCCUCUCGGGUGUAAGCUGUGGAGCAUCAGGCGAGAAAGGGAUGGCGGGAUUCGCCCCCAAGAACGUAACGGCCAUAUUGAUCUGAAGCUGGUUGUUGUGGAACCCAAUCACGGGCCUGUUGAAGGUCCUGGUGAUGGUUUGAUUUGGGCCGGGGCGGUGGACGCGCUCCCAGUACCAAUUCUCGGAGAGAAUGCGCAAGACUUCGGGGUCUCGCUUCAUGAGGUCGUUGUAGAUUGAGGCGAUGGGGGCGAGAUACUGGUCUCCUCCUUCGAGGGGAGUGCUUUGGACGAAGAGAGAGACCAUGUCACCGACGUCGAUGUCGGUGUGAAAUGUCAUGGGCUUGGCGAGCUCGAGGGGGCUGAGCUUUUGCGAGAGUUGGGCACGGGAGCGGUCACGGAUGUGGUCUUGGGAAAAGUUUAGCUUUUGCUUUCAGUCUCUGAAGCAGGAAGCCUCACCAAUGUUUCUUGCACGCUGAUCAGCAAUGUAGCUGGUGAUGCCGGCGUAGAGGAUCACACAUUCCUCGUCUGUGUAAGCCGAGGGGUUGAUGCCACGGAUACGGUGGAAUCCUCGGCCGUUGUACACAUGGUCCGUGACUUUCUGGAGCCGUUUGGCAAGUCCCUGAGAAAGAGGGAAUGUGGUAGGGUCUGCAUGGCCACGGGAAAGGCCCAGGGCUGGUGGGCAAGUGUCAGUUGAUGACGUGGGCUGCAUAUGAGGGACACAUGUGUUACCUUGGAAGUGUUUGAUGGCGGAGUUGAGCUCCUCAAUAUCUUGGCUUGAGAACUUGUCAGUGAAAACAUCAGUGUUGGACUCAAAGUCGGCACCAGUCCAUGCCAGGUCACCGGUGAGCUCUUUAGGCCAGUCGGCGGAGCUAGGGCAGUCCAUUGUUCAGGAUCUUGUCUGAGUCGUGCAAUUUCUCCCUUGGAAGUCCAAGUAUGAUGAGAUUGGAGAGAGAGUAGUGUGUACAGAACUUGAUCUUCAAGACCCCCAUUCUCAACGGGACUAAUGUCUGCAUAUAUACCCUUCA